CAUAGACGUUCCAGCUCGUCCUUGCAAGUAAAAGUAGACCAGAAGUUAUCCUGCUACAGCCUCGUGUUCUUGAGGUUGAGAGGAGCGACCGGUAUUAAUUAUCUUGCCUUGUGUCCUCGAGCGGUUCUUGACCUCGCUCUCCUUGUCCUCCACCGAGGGCGUGAUUUGAAAGAAAAAAGUCAGCGUGCGUCAUCUCAGAACAGUAUUAGAGGGAGAGUGGUAGUGGUGAAGAUGGUGUAG